AGCGCUUUCCAGAAGUUGGAUUCAGUCCAAGCAGACCCACCGCUGCUUCCAGUUGAACAUCCUUCCCCAGAUACAGACAUCAUCCGGUUUUUUACCAUGGAAUUCUUUGCUUUUAAUGCGUUUUGUGGAUUUAUCGAUGCAUUUGUUCUGGAUGAGUUCUCUAAGUAAUUUUUGCGGUUAAUCCGCAUUUUUUUCUUUUCCUUGGGAAUACUUUUCUGCUGUGGAUGGACAUCAAAAGUGCAUAUGCCACUUUUGGGAAGGUAUUGGGUUCACUUCAUCCUUGUGGCGUUUAUCGGCCUCAGGAAUCUCUCAUUGAUCGGAUGAAAUAAGGAAGGAGGAUGUAUGGAAUAAACCAGCGCUAUUUUUACAUAUCCUUUAAUUUUUUUGUUCUGUGGUGUCACGCUCAGGGGGAGAAUCACUCGUCUCCUAAUUUUAACCAGUAUGUGAGGACGCAGGGCGCAAUGACGGACCAGCUCAGCCGCAGGCAGGUCCGGGUCUACCAGCUCUACAGCCGCACCAGCGGGAAACACGUUCAGAUCCAGGGGAAGAGAGUCAGCGCCACCGCCGAGGAUGGGAAUCUGUACGCUCGACUCUUUGUUGAGACUGACACCUUCGGGAGUCGAGUGAGGAUACGAGGCGCAGAAAGUGGGCUUUACCUGUGCAUGAACCGAAAGGGCAAACUUGUUGGAAAGCCCAACGGCCGCAGCAGGGACUGCAUCUUUACUGAGAUAGUUCUGGAGAACAAUUACACAGCCUUGCAGAAUGCAAAGUAUCAAGGCUGGUAUGUGGCUUUCACCAGGAAAGGGCGGCCCAUCAAAGCCUGCAGGACAAGGGAGAACCAGAGAGAGGUCCAUUUCAUCAAGAGGCUCCACACAGGCCCGCCUCACUUCCCCAACACGGACCAAAGCAAAUUUGAAUUUAUCCGUUUUCCUACCACACGUCGAGCAAAGCGGAACCGGAAAUCACAUACCUCUGUCCAAGAAUGAGCCAAAGCCUUGGACUGGUUAAAGUUGUGACAAAUGCAGUUUUAUUUUUGUAUGUUUUUAUAGCUGAGUUGUGACUUAAAUGUUAUAAAUCUAAAAUAACAAUGCUCAAAAAUGAUCGUGUAAAU